CAAGACACGCGUGUGAGUGUUGGCAAUACAUUAGCACAUGAUAAUAGUGGUCGUUAAAAUGUUACUUCAUGUAUGAAAAAAAAUAAAUUAAAGCACAUUACAUUGAAGCGAGUAUUCUCAUUCUGAUUUGAAAAAUUAACCAUUCAAGACGUUUUUGCUUGACGUUCUCAAAAUAAAUUAUAAAUCGGUGAUCUAGCAUUUAACAGCUUUACCUCAAGUGAUAAAUAUAUUAAUUUUCUUUGUAAACAAUUUAAAGAUUAAAAACUUAAUAUAAACAUGGGAUUAUCUUGCGGUGCAUCCGUUGUCAAAUAUGGAAUUUUUAUCUUCAAUUUACUUUGUGCUGUUGCCGGUAUUGCUUUGAUUGUGGUUGGAGCAAUUCCAUUGUUCAAACUUGAUGACAUAAGAGAUGCUUUUCCUGAAAAUGAGCCAGCCAUUGUGCCUAUCAUUGUUGUAUGUCUUGGUUCAAUCAUCUUCUUAAUCAGUUUCUUUGGAUGUUGCGGUGCUAUUCGUGAGAAUCAAUGCAUGGUAUCAACGUAUGCCUUCUUCUUACUUAUCCUCGUUAUUCUCCAAAUUGUCGUUGCUGUAUUUGCCUUCAUGUACACAGCAGAUCUAGCAAAUGCCGCAAAAGAUGGAUUCGGUAGAUUAUUUGAUGACAGAGAAAAUCCAUCAACAGGAGCAGCUAUCGAUCAAAUUCAACGUGGACUUGAGUGUUGCGGAACAACGGGACCUGCUUCUUGGGGAGUUGGUAACAUUCCACAAUCUUGUUGUGCUGAAGCUAGUUGCAAUUUACUAAAUUCACAUCCAACUGGAUGUUCGACAAUGCUCGCAGAUAUUGUUAAUGGAUCAGGUCUUUUAAUUGCAUGGUUUGCAAUUAUUUUUGCUGGCAUUGAACUUGUCGGUGUUAUCUUUGCUUGUUGUCUCGCAAACUCAAUCCGCAAUGCAGACAGAAGACAGUAUGCUUAAACUAAUCAAACCAAAGUUAAAUAAGAGAGUCGAGACAAGAGUUUUAGAUUUAUGUACAAAUUAUUCAUUCUUUAUGUCAUCAGAUAGUAUUCGAUGGAUGUAAAAGUAAUUGACGAGUAUUUUGCUGUGUGAUAUCAUUCCUGAAAAAAGUUAUAUGAUAUGAAAAAAAGUAUGUCACUAAACUUUUAUCUCCAUCAAUUUUUCUUUUAUCAUAAUUUUUUUGUUUACUUAAAUACACGCAAAACGACAGUCAGAUAACGAAAGUUAAGGGCAAAAAAAUAUACAUCAUUUAUUGACGAUGAAAAAAAUAUCAAAAAAUUAAAUUUCAUAGUUUUAAGGCACACAAUUUUCAAUAAAUGUUUCGAAAACUUAACAAAAUUAAAAUCUUAUCGAUGCUUCUAUCUUUAUCAGAAUUUUCAGGUUUUUGGCAUCUUUCAAAAUUUAUUUAAACCUGUUUCAUAGGCUUAAGAUCAUCAGCAAUUUUAAAUGGACAGCCGGUUGAUGCAACAAGUUGUUCCAUAUUAACAUCUGGCGCCAAUUCCAUAAGGGUUAAUCCAUCAUCCUUGUCAACUGAAAAGACUGCUUUCUCUGUGAUUAUCAAGUCUACACAGCUUUUUCCAGUCAACGGAAGUGAGCAUUGGCUCAAAAUCUUUGGUGCUCCAUUCUUGCUGU